AUGCCUGGGAAGAAUCCCUCAAUGGAUGGUAAGGUCUCACUUGGUGUUCACGACUUGGACGUCGUGAAAAGAUCAGAUGAGGCUCAACACGCGCUUCGCAAAUUUAUCCACAAAAAGCAUACGUUCUCAGAGGAAGAGAAAUCCACUUUAGACUUCAACAGUGUGGAGGCCUUCGAGGAUUACUGGGGUUUGACUUGGAAAGCAAAGGAGAAGUUCGGAGCCGCUCACAAUAGCGAGGUCAGAUCUGAGAUACAGAGCUUUGUGAGCUCAGCAUGCGGUAUCAUGAAAAGUCUGGACCCCAUUGUGGCGCUUGUGAAGGAUCUCGGAGCUCCCUACGGCAGCAUGGCCAUCGGGACAAUCUCCUUUGUUUUUACGAUUAUCAAUCGAAGAGCCCAAGCGGAGAAUUUGAUAUCAAGGACCCUUCUAGAGAUCAAAGACAGGGUCCCAGGUCUCAAUCUCUAUCGUCACAUCUAUUCCGAUGAACAUGAGCUUGAUCAAGGCUUACAGUCCAAGAUUGUGGAUGCCUACGAUUGCUUUAUGGGAUUCUGUAUAGAAGCUACGAAGUACUACACGAAGAGAGGAUUCAGACGAUCGAUCGAUGCUAUGUGUGGAUCAAUGGCAUUGGAGGAAGAAUCACGCAAGGUUCAAAGAGCUAUGGUUGAAGUCAGGCACAGUAGUGAGGAACUACUGAACAAGAACGUCGAUAUUAUCAAGCAGCUAAGCAAAGAGCUGCAAGAAGGGCGCAAUAACGACGCUUUAAGCAAAAUCCAGUCCUUGCUCAACCUGGAAACAUAUUCAGCAGAAUCCGAGCAAAAGCUUCUGAAGAUCUACCAAGAUGAGAUCAAGCAUCAUUUUGAGUUUAACUGGCAACCCAUUUUUGAGAGGAUGCAAGGACAAGCAGUAGAGGCAUUCCAGCAGGGACAAGAGUUCCAGGGAUGGCAAAAUUCCGAGCAGUCCUCAAUCCUGAUUUUAGUAGGGUAUAACAAUGAGUCCAUCUACAACGAUGAAAUGUGCUGGAUGUCUCCAGCUGCCCUACAAACGAUUGACGACAUGAUCAAAGACCGUCAAAAAGAUCCUUUUGCAUUCUAUCUUUUUGGUCAGCGAUCAGAGAAUCGUUUCCCUCAGGUUUUAUCCUCCAUUAUAAUCCAGCUACUAAGGCAAAACCGUCAGUCAUUACAGAACCAGGUACAAUACGAUGAGCUGUAUGCGGCAGUGCAGCGGUUCCAUGAAUUGCCCUAUAGCCAAUACUCGACCCAGGAAGACCUGGUACAUAAUGAAGAAGCGCUUCGGAAGGUGGCUCUACGUGCUUUGGACAUGUUUGACUCGCGCAGAACGGUGUGGAUUAUUCUUGAUCGUGUGGAUCGGGGCAAGCAUGCAAGAAGGGAAGCCAAUCAUCGAAAAAUGCUGAUCAAAUCAAUGGUCCGCCUGGUGGAGGAGGCUAAGGUCAAGGUGAAGGUGCUGGCUGUCGUUAAUGGAUGGGACUGGGACGCGGAGAAAGAGUCCGAUGAUUUCGGGCAAAUCAAAAAGUCAAGUGUGGUUGUUCACCCGGUUCAUCAAUUAGUUAAAGAAUUCUAA